AUGGCUCUGUUCAUGGACUCAGACUUCUCUUUACUCAAGGAGAACCAGCACAAAGACGCGAUGGACUUUAAAGCGUUCUUUGGAGAACCGGAUCACUGUAAAGAUGCCCGCAGUGAGAGCGCCGUGUCCUCCCCGGAGCCGGACAGACCCGCCGUCAGUUUGAUGGAGGGCCAGAGGAAAAGGAAGAGGACCAUCUUCAGCCGAGCCCAGCUGUCCGAGCUGGAGCAGGCCUUCGCUGUGACUCCCUACCCGGACAUCACCCUGAGGGAGAGGCUGGCCGCGCACACACACCUGCCGGAGAGCAAGAUACAGGUGUGGUUCCAGAACAGAAGAGCUCGAAGUAUCAAGACUGUGAGACUCCCCAAGUCCACCAAGCCUGCCCUGGGAGGUGGAGCUGACCCCUCCCCUGGGCCUGUCACCUCUGCUUUCCUCGCCUCAACAACCCUGGCUGACAUAUUCAGGCCGGAGCAGAGCUUCUCCUGUGAGGACGUCCCGCAAAAGUAUUCCGACUGGAUCCAAAUCUACAGCAACCCCGUAUCAUCGCCGCCACCUUGCUCAUCUCUCCACCAGCAGCCCACGCUGGCCUCCAAACCUUCAGAGUCUCGUCUCUGGGAGGAGGAGCACCACCAGCGGCAGCGCCUGGGACCGGCACUCCCCGCUUUCCUUCCUGGAUCUUUUCCUCAGCCCGUCAGCAGGCAGCCUCACCACUCGGUGUCUGGACGCUCCUACCAGUCCUUCAGGAACUUCAAACCCCAGACUAUAGCUCCAUCUGCUCAUCAGGCCAUGUACGCAGGCAGCGCUGCAGGUGGAGCUCACACCUCUGUAGACCAGGUGGUCCCUUCGCACCCUCAGCCUGUAUACUGGGAGGUAACUCAGGGCCAAGGACACCACCACCCGCACCACCAUCACCACCAACAAAUGGGACAACAGACCUCCAUGGGCUACAUCUCAGACCUGAUCUACAAUGCUGCUAUAGUCACCAAUUUUCUGGAGUUCUGA